CCCCCCGUCUCCAUGUCUUGAUCUUGCAGCUUGUCACUGAGACACACCGGGGGGACAGGCCUGAAGCUUCCACUAAGGCCUUAGACGUUAAAGUCUGAUCAGGGAAGAAAAGAGACCACGCAAAAGAGAGAGGGGGAAGGAGGGAGGGUUGGAGCACAAUCUUGGGGCCUCCCAAGAUUGACAAUCACCAAUUGGCUGGCAACACCAAUCCGCCUAAUCCUUUUAAGAUUUUCACAUCGGUGCCCCCUGUUACUGCCACAUAAUGUCAAAGAAAGAAUCAGGGCACCGGAGAAAAUUGUGGAGAAUUAUUGGCAAAAGAAAGGGGCCCACGUGCUCCAUUGCGUUUUAAUGUGUUUUGCACUUGUUUGUUCUUAUCAAAAAGGCUUUGCUUUUGUUUGCCUGACCAGUUGCUUGGGGUAGUGGCUUGCUGGUAUGACCCUAUAAUUUAUUUACAAACAUAGCCCAGCCACACAUGCACACGCUCGUGUACAUGCAGCCACUUAGUGGUAAAAUAUAUAAUUUAAGAGGCCAUUCUGCGAUUUUUCUUUUGGCUUUUUUUUUUUUUUUCCUGUAUCAACAUGCACAAUAUAUGAGGAUUUAUGGAAAUAUGUGCACACGAAGCAAAUUCAAACACAGCCUGUGGCCUUUUAAAAGGGAAGCUGAACAUUUAUUUGUUUGUCAUUAAUGAUGUAAGAUAAGAACACAUGUGUGCACAAUCAUGCAUCAUUUAGAUAUUUAUCAGGUGGUGAUUUUUCAUUGUUUUGUGAAACAAUGAGAGCUUUGUGGAUUUCUUUUUUUCCAGCAAAGUUAGUGCGUGUGUGUGCGUGUUUGCGUAGGACGUGGUGCGAGAGAAUUUGCUCAAUUUUCCACACACUUACGUUUUCUCACUUAAGUCAGCUUGCAAUUGUUUUCUCAUGCAAAAUUCACACACUUUUAAAUGAUAGCAAAACAAACGAAAAAAAUUAACAGUUUCCUACGAUUGUGUAGGUGAUUGUGUGUGUUUUGCUCCAAAUGAAUGAGUUAAGAUCUACUCAGAAUGCCAAAUAGUUGCACAAAACAUGGUGUGCAAGCUGCCCCAUUCAGGGGCUGCAUAAGGCCCAGUUGCGUCUAGUGAUUUAUACGCCUGAGAGAGUGCAAUGAGUGCUACUAGUGUGUGCGUGUGUGUGUUGGGUUAAGAGUUGAUGGGGCUUUAAAGAGAAGAUGAACCUUGUCCACCUUCUUGUCAACCCUUCAUCUUUUGUGUUUUGAAGUGGAGGCCCUUUCUGGCGCUGUUAGAUCUGCCCUUCUACCCUCGGAUGGAUCCAUCAAUUGGUACAGACUAUUGUGAGGGUGCGUGUGCGCGUAGGUGUGUGUGUGUGAGGCCACAGUAGGAGAUUAUUGCAGGCCCCAUGGGCUGGCAUUGAUCGAUGAGGCAUCUGUCUCCUAAACACUGGACAGUGAAGGGAAGAAGUCAAGAGAGGGCUGAGGUCUUAAUGUAGAAUCCAAAACAGUCCAUGAUCAAAUAUGUUUUAUUGCAGUAAAAAUUAAGCAUAUAUAAUGGAGAUCUUUUGAUUAGCAUCUAGUUGUGUUUAUUCAAAAGAAAAUCUAGCCUGACAAUUGCUUACAUUGUAAUUUAUUUUUGAUUUUUAAUAUUCACUUCUAAAGGUUUUUUUUAAAAGGAAAUUUGUGUGAUGGAACUUAUAAAAUUUUACAUAUCUUUUGUUUGAUUUUGUAAAAAAAUAAAAAUAAAAAUGUGGCCAAAGAUAUAUUAUAGAAUAAUUACAAGUAAUGUACUUUUUAAAAUAUCUAUGUAAUCGCAAUAUUUAAGUAAUGACAAGUAUUUUUGUUUGAUUUGGAGAAAAAUGAAACUUUUGCAAAUGAUUAUAUAUAUUUUUUUCAAGUAGGAGACAAAUGCUUUUUGGGGGGUUGGGUAGGAAAUAAUGUUAAUAAUUAUGUAUCUAUAAUGCCAAAUAAUUUUUAAUGAGUUUCAAGAUAAUACCUCUAUGAACAGCUGAUUCGAAAGAGAGUGAAAUAAUAUCGCCUCCUGGGAAAGAAAGUUCGAAUAGCAAAGAGGCCUUUUUCAUUGACUGGCCUAUAACGUGUGUGUGUGUGUGUGUGUGUGUGUGUGUGUGUGUGUGUGCGUGGGCGUGGGUGUGCGUGUGUGAGCGUGUGUGUUAUUGGUGUGAAUGCCUGAUAGAGUGAGUUCAAGUCUGACCGAGCUUCUUUAUCCAUUAUUUACAUCAAUAACAGAUUUAUCAGGCGGCCGAAGCGGCCACUGAGUUGGGAGAUGCGGGGAGGGGUCUGCGCCGCAGAUCCCUCAAUCCUUUUGGCUGGAGAUAAGACGAGGAGGAGUGGCCGACGGGUAACCGAGAGAGCACCAAGGGGCAAUGGGGAAUCACUAAUGAGAGAGAGAGAGAGAGGAGGGAGUCUGAAACAGAGAGAGAGUAAAAGAGAAAGACAGAGAGAGAGAGAGAGACUCAUCAUCACCAUCAUCAUCAUCAUCAUCAUCAAAGACGCGCUCGGUGACUAGAUUAGAGAGUAACCCAGCAGAGGAGCGUCGAGGCUUCACCCACCCAGCCGGAGGGAAUCAACACCGAGCUUACUCUGCGCCGCCGGCCGACCCACGACCUGCUGUUCCCGGCCCUAGCCGCAGCAGCGUCCCGCUCCGUCUCCCCUAUCCCUCUCCCUCUCUCGCUCUCUCACUCUCCCUCUGCGGUAAACUUACUAUGGGUUGUGUCGCUAACUCCUCCGGGACUGAAGUGCUACUGCAGCUGGAGGCUCUCCGCAGCGCCGCGCAACUUUCUCAACUCUUUCGUCUCACGGAGAAAAGAAAGAUUUAUUAUAAAGCUGUUCGGGAUAUUGAAGCAGGGGAGGAGCUCCUGGUUUAUAUGAAGGACGGGAUUUUCCCCGAGGGAUCAAUGGCACCCAACCUACAAGACGAGCAAAUGUACCGCUGUGAAGACUGCGAUGAGCUGUUCUCCUCCACCCUUGAGUUGCGACGGCAUCAGAAGUACUCAUGCUCAAGUGCAGGAUCCAUCUUUGAUGCACUGAGAGAGGACUUCAAGCAGGAGCGGGAGGACAGCGAUGAGCCCAUCCAUGAAUGCAAGGACUGCGAAAAGAUCUUCCCAAAUGAGUACAGUCUGGGGCAACACAUGAUAGUCCACACAGAGGAGAGGGAGUACAAGUGUGACCAGUGUCCCAAAGCCUUCAACUGGAAAUCCAAUCUCAUCCGCCACCAGAUGUCUCAUGACAGUGGCAAGCGCUUUGAGUGUGAAAACUGUGAUAAGGUACAGCAUACCCGGCACGUGUUCACAGAUCCCAGCAACCUUCAGCGGCACAUCCGCUCCCAGCAUGUGGGAGCACGGGCUCACACGUGUCCUGAAUGUGGCAAGACCUUUGCCACUUCGUCAGGCCUCAAACAGCAUAAGCACAUCCACAGCAGUGUCAAACCCUUUAUCUGCCCUGAUGGGCUACGUCUUUUUGCGUCCCCAGGUGAGGUGUGCCACAAAUCCUACACCCAGUUCUCCAACCUCUGCCGUCACAAGAGAAUGCAUGCUGACUGUCGUACCCAGAUCAAGUGUAAGGACUGUGGGCAGUUAUUCAGCACUACCUCCUCUCUCAACAAGCAUCGCCGCUUUUGCGAGGGCAAAAAUCAUUACGGCUCUCCAGCGGGGAUUUUCACCCCUGGAAUUGCCAUGAGCUCUAGCCCCAUCAUGGCUAAAGCCAAGUCCCAUCAUCCCCACCUACCAGGACUGAACCAGUCAGGUUUAGGCUUCACUGACUACUUUCCCUCGAGACCUCACCCUCAUGCCGGCUUGCCCUUCUCCACAGGACCUCAUGGCUUCCCAUCCCUCCCACAUGGGUUUCCAGGUAUCUUUCCCCCUACGCUUUAUCCACGGCCACCUUUAUUACCUCCCAGUCCUUUAUUAAAGAGCCCACUAGCAGGCAGCAGUCAGGAGGUUAAGCUCCCUCGGAGCCCCUUAGAUGCCCCUCCAUUGUCACUUGUCAACUCCACAAACAGCAAUGGCAUUAGUGGUUUGAGUCCACUGGAAGACAAGGAAAAGGACAGUAAGCUUGAUUUGUCUUCUAGUGGAGAAACUAAACCUAAAUCUAAACUGGCAGACAUGUCAGAUGGAAGUGACCUUGAAGAUGUUAAUACCACAAGUGGAACAGAUUUGGACACCACCACUGGUACUGUUUCAGGUGACGGUUCUGACCUGGAGAGCGAAGGUGAUAGUGAACGUGAGAGGAGUGGUAAAAGGAGGAAGCCGUCUGGCACUGUGUCAAGUCAGGACGGAAACCAGUUAGAGGACUCAAGUAGUGCUUUGAUAUCAGCUGUGUCUGGUACAGGAACACUUUCUAUAGAUCGUCCUUUUCAUUCUACUUUAUCCCAGCACUCCUUCUUUCCUCCACCUGAUGAGCAAGCCCUGCCUCCUACCACCACAAAUGCCAAUGCAGCCACCACUGAUUCCAUUAAAGCAAUUGCUAACAUAGCUGAGAAAUAUUUUGGUCCUGCUUUGAUGGGACUUCAUCAGGAGAAGAAGAUGGGUCCACUGCCCUACCAUUCCAUGUUUCCCUUUCAGUUUCUACCCAACUUCCACAACUCCCUAUACCCUUUUGGUGCUGAUCGAGGCACUCUCAAUCCUAGCAUAUUCCUGAAGGCGGAGCCCAAAUCCCCUCGUGAACAGCUGCACAAGAUGGUUUCAAGUUCCCCCACAGCUCCUGCUCCCACCGCAGAGUCACCUUUUGAUCUCACAACGAAAUCCAAGGAGGCCAAGUUAACUCCUCCAGCUCCAACAAACCCAUCCAACCCAAGCAGUACUGGGAACAGCAGUGGUCCUGUAGUGAUAUCUAACAAUGAAGAGCAGCCACUGGACCUCAGCAUUGGCAGCAGAAAUCGAAGUGGUCACAACGGCCUGCCAGCUGAGCCCCAAAAUCGAAAGAAUCAUAUCUUUGGCGCCGGCAAGGUGAUCUCCCAUAAAGAUGAAACCUCAGUGGGAUUCCUUCAUCCUCAUUCGCAGUCAUUGCACCAACCCUCCAUAACCCAGCACCAGCAACAGCAGGCACAGCAGCAUCAGCCUCCACCACUGCACUAUGCCAAGCCCUCCGCAUUCUUCAUGGAUCCCAUCUACAGCAGGGUGGAGAAGAGGAAGCUACUUGAUCCGGUUGGAGCUUUGAAGGAGAAGAUCCUGAGGCCCUCCCCACCACUCUUCCAUCCACAGAUGUCAGCCAUGGAAAAUAUGACAGAGAAGCUGGAGAGCUUUGGUGCCCUGAAACUGGACCUGCCGCCCAAUACGCUGCAACACCCGACCCAUCCACUGUUCAAUUUCCGCUCACCACCACCUUCCCUCUCAGAAGCAAUCCUUCGAAAGGGCAAGGAACGUUAUGCUUGCAGGUACUGUGGGAAGAUUUUUCCCCGCUCAGCAAACCUCACCAGGCACUUGCGGACACACACAGGGGAGCAGCCCUACAGGUGUAAAUACUGUGACCGCUCAUUCAGCAUCUCCUCCAACCUUCAGCGUCAUGUCCGCAAUAUCCACAACAAGGAAAAACCCUUCAAGUGUCACCUGUGCAAUCGCUGCUUCGGUCAGCAAACCAACCUCGACCGCCAUCUCAAGAAGCACGAGCACGAGAACAUUCCUGUCAGUCAGCAGUCUGGGAUGCUUUCCAACCUAGGAACCACCAUCUCCUCUCCAAACUCCGAGCCAGACAAUCACGCACUUUUAGACGAGAAGGAGGACUCGUACUUCUCUGAAAUUCGCAACUUUAUUUCCAACAGUGAGAUGAACCAGGCCUCCAGCUCCACGGAUAAAAGGUCAGAGCAGCCCGAAGAGGAGCGCCCGCCCAGCCACAAUUUGUCCAACUCCAAGCUAGGGCUGCAAGGGCUGGAGGAAGAGGAAGAGGAGGUGGAGGGGGACGAUGAGGAGGAGGAAGAAUGCAGCCUGACGGAGAAGUCGCACGACGAGGCGCCGGAGUCCCCAUCUCCAGUCACGACGGGAGUCUACGAGGAGGACGAGGAAGAGGAGGACGCGGAGACGGCUCCGUUAGCUAUGAGCUAUGAACACACUCGCAGGUGUAUAGAGGAGGAGGGCUCUCUCUUGGAUCUGGAGGGUCUGCCCAGCUUCCCUAAGAGCCUGGACGGUUUACGUAAAGCAGCCAUUGACGAGCAGUCCUUUGAUGUUAAAGACAUAUUUAACACUUCACUAGAGUCUGAGGCUUUGAAAGAAACAUUGUACAGGCAGGCUAAAACCCAGGCUUAUGCAAUGAUGCUGUCUCUCUCGGAGAACAACCCUUUGCACGCACCCUCUCAGAAUUCUCUGGACGCUUGGCUGAGCAUGGGAAGCGGACCGUCUGAGACGAGCAGCUUUCACCCACUCAACCAUAUCUAGGCAAAGAGAGGCCUAGGAAAGACGGAAGGAAAAGUAGGGGGAACAUUUAGUCUCACAAACAGACAGAAACUUGAGACCGGCUGGACAUGGGGAAGGCGAGAAGGCUGUGAAGGAUUUCAUUGUCACACACAUUCAAGGCAGAGCGGACGGGUUUGCGCGGCUACGCCUGUGUUCACAUGUUAUGUGUUUGUGCGAGUACGACGGAGGAGGAGAGGGGGUGGGGGGGACGUGUCCCCUUGUGAGGUGUCCUGCAAGACUGUCUAAGAGAAAGCACUGCUAAGCUCCUGUUGAUGUGAAGGACAUGAUGAAUGCUUCUCCAGAGCAUUGAAACUCUGUGUCACUCUGAUCCUCCCCCCCCAGUGCACAAUGCUCCCUGCAGCAUCACAGUCACCCUGUAAAACGGCUCCCUAAAAGACACUUACUGAACUGAUAAUGUCUCUAAAGUCUGUGCACAAUGCCCGACGCAAGCAUUGCAGCACUGGCACUGCAUGUCCACCAGGUGGCACUGUUUCAGCAGAAAUAGAGGACUCGUGAGUGAUUCUCUCCAGUUUUUUUUUUUUUUUUCCUCCACUAGUCAUGGCGACUAAUCUUGUUAAUUUGGUUUUUUUUGGUUUGUUAGUUUUUUUGUUGUUGUUUUUUUUUUGCAUUUUUAUUUAAUUUCAAAAUCAAAAGUACCAGACAAAAUAAACGAAUCCUCAGAACCAUCAGACUGUUGAUUUUUCACUGAUUACAUGGAGAAUGAUGUCCAACGUUCAAAUGUGAUGAAGUAAUGAGCUAUGUGGGCCAAUAACUAUUAAAACUGGCUACUAAAUUUGUUCAUGUUAAAACUUAAAUUAUACAAAAAAAGAGUGUGUUUUUCUGUUUUGUUUAUUGCAUCAUCAAUUAAAUGUAUUUACUUUCUUUACUAUAGAUACUGCAGUAUUGCUUCUUUUUAGGCACAAGAGUACUCAACUAUUAAUUUAAUUACUUUUAGAAAAGGACCAAAUUUGCUGUCACAUGAUGUAAAAAUGAUAAUAGCCUAGACGUUCAUAUUCAGAGUGGUAUGUGCCAAAUAACCGCUAGAAGUCUUUUUUUUUCUUUGACAAUCAUUUCAUUUCCAAGAGGCCUCACUUUUGCUGUCACGUUUUUUUUCCCCUAAUAACAUUAUAUGUUUAAAUUCAGAAGUGUGUGCAUGUAUUUAUUUCUAUGUUGUUUUGUUGAGACUCAAGAAGAGAAAAUGAAGAAACAAAAAAGGUCUUUUCAUCCCUGUUUUUCUUGAAGAAGGAUAAAGGAUUGCCUGUCAAAGCACAGGGGGAGAUUGUGAAUCUCUGUUUUUGACGGAUUAGUGUGCCAAAAUUAAAAGACCCCACGAGUUAAUUAGUUUUUUUAUUGUUAUUAUUUAUAGUUAAAUGCAAGUGUAGUUAGUUUUAGAGUCCUAUUUGGCAUUGGAACAUAGUGGGCAGGUUAACCCUGGUUUUCCUUUUAUUGUUUCACUUUAACAGUUAACUCAAUAUGCUGUUUUCUUUCCCUCUCUGCCUAGUCGCAUAAUUGUACAAAUAUCAUUUUGAAUGUCAGUUAAAGGGCAUUACGUUAUCAUUACUGAAUCUGGAUUUCUUCCGCCGUCGGCUCAUGUUACAUUCUUUUUUCUUUUUCUUUUUCUUUUUUUGGCGUGCAUCGCUUGUAGCGUAGCCUGCAAGAUGUCAUCUUAACACAGUUUUGACUCAGGUUAGUUGUCCGGUCGGAAAUUCUCACAGCAUCCAAUCAAAGCGGCAUGAAGGUGACAGGUUCAUAGAUUAUGUAUGACGAGAUUUGACUCAUGAUUGUUAAAGAACAGAGCGGUCAUCCUGAAGUUUGUUGGUCAGACUUGUUAAACUCCACAUUAAUUGCUUUGAGACACAAUUCUGUUAAGUCUGCGAAGACGGCUGUGUCAUAGACAGCAGAAAACAUUUACAGUCGGUACUUGAAGGCAGCUGGAUUUUUAGCCUUAUGGAUCACUUUUCAUCCCCUCUAGACUUUCAUAAUCAGGCCUGAUGCUGUUUUUCUUUCUUUUUUUUUUUUUUUUUUAACAAGCACUUAAAGCAACUGGGACCAGAUCAUCAACUGGAUAUAGUUUGGUCUUUUGGUUGAACUUAGAUUCCAGAUCCAUUCUUUUUUAAAAGCUGAUUUGACUUUCAAUAGAUGAGCCAGCUGGACUCAACAAGGAGAGAUGAGAAUAAAACUAAAGCACUGUAAUUUUUAUUCACAACAGCAGGUGGUAGUGUGAUGCUAGGACUGCUGCGUCAUCUCAUUUUCUUAAGACUAAAGUCUCUUUUAUAUAUACAUAUAUAUAUAAUUCUACUGAAUGAAAUUCCAUUCAUUGUAAACACAUUAUUUUUCAAUUUGUGCUUAGAAAAUGUAAAGACUUGGGUCACUAAGGUUUUAGGUUGACUAUGUGUAGUUAUUCAUGUCAUGGACUACUGUAAUAAUCACGCGCUGUGCGAAGCAACUGAAUUGAAAGCGUUGAAGUAUUCCAUUUUGGCAACUUCACAAAAUGUUCUGGUCACUGAAAUUUUAUUUUAUUUUUUUCAGCGUAAUAAUACAUGGUUGCUCUUUGCCCAACUGUUACAGAAGAAAGUCAAAAAAAAUAAAAAAAUAAAAAUACACGGUUUCUUUUUAACUGUAUAGUAUUUUAAAGAAUGAAAAACAAUGGUGCAUUUGUCUGAAGAAGAAAAAAAAAACCUUUGAAAAAUAUGGGUUUUAAUGGAUGGUGCUUGUUUUGUUUAAAAUCUGAGUUGUAUAUCGCCUCUGUUAUGUUUAUUGAAAACAAAUGAAAAAAAAAAAAAAGUUAUCGUGCAUGACGUGUUUAGCAGUCAUAAUGAUGUCCAUUUGUGAAAUGUGUAUCAAUUCAAAAACAGAAAAAAAAAAAAGUAAGAGAAAAAAAAUUGUAGAUGCACUUAUUGUACAUGUGUUUAGGCUAGUAGGUUUGACUUCAAGUUCUGACUGCCUGGCAGAUGUGUGGGCAGGUUCUGAAAGACAUAGAAACGACUCACGGGAGAAGACCUAAUGAAAAACAAUAAAGGAUUGUAGAAUAAUAUUGAACAAUUCUGGAAUUGCAGUUCUUUUGAUGCUUGUGAUUAUGGCAGAUGUACUUUAGAGAAAUUUCAUUGAAAAGAUAUGACUCUGAUGUUAAUUCUGUAGAAUAGCAAUGUAUACCAAAUGUAAUCUUUCCAAUGCUAUGAAGAAUUUAUACAUGAAAUUGAUAUGCAAUAAAACCUGUGUGCUUUUUA